CUCCUUCUUAUGCUGAUGAUUCCAGAACCGGACACGAUCCUCCAGCUGCGGUCUCACCACAGAGGAACGGAGGGGCCGCGCCCCCGCGCCGCUCCGGAUGCCGGGAUCGCGUCCCGGUCCCGCCCCGGUCCCGCGGGGCUCUGGGGCCGCAUGGGCGGUGCGUGCGGCCGAGCGGCGCUGCUCGGGGUCUCCGCGGCGCGGGGCGCUCGGUGGGGGCCGCGGGGCGGCGCGGGGGUUCUGAUCCCGACCCGGAUCCUGAUCCCGAUCCUCGCUCGGGCCCUGACCCCGAUUCCGCCCCCGCUGCGGCCCCGCGGCCCGGCCCGGGCGCUGCCCGCCCCCCCCUCGCUGCGCGGCUGCGCGACCGGCGGAGGCCACACCAUGCCCGCAGCGCUGCCGGUGGGGGACACGCUGCGGGGCGGCCGGCGGCGGGGAGCGGCCGUGAGAGCGGGAGAGGCAGCGCAGGAGGAGACCCAGGAGAGGAAGGUGAAGCGGUGUGGGAAGGAUGAGGAUGAGGAUGCACAGCCUGAGGAAAGCAACCUCGACAGCGGAGACCUGGAGCCGCCCCUGCCCAAGAAGACAAAAAGAGCCAAGGAGAAGAGCAGCGACCUGGCGGGAGAGAACGAUGGCUUGGUGAAACUCCUCUGCACUGCAGACGGUGAUGUGACGUCUCCAGCAGCCCUGAGCUCACCCAGUGAUGCGGUCGCUGGAGAGCAGAACAGUGACGCCGAGGAGCUGACAGAAGAAGCGAAAGAAGGUGCCUUCUCCAAUUUUCCUCUCUCCGAAAACACCAUCAAACUUCUCAAAGCUCGAGGUGUAAAAUACCUGUUCCCUGUGCAAGUGAAGACUUUUCAGCCCAUAUAUGAUGGCAAAGAUGUAAUUGCUCAAGCUCGAACAGGAACUGGGAAAACCUUUUCUUUUGCUGUUCCGCUGAUUGAAAAACUUCAGGAUGUCUCGCAGGAUGUUAGAAGAGGCCGUUCACCAAAAGUGCUGGUUCUUGUUCCAACCAGGGAACUGGCCACUCAGGUAGCCAAAGACUUCAAGAAUCUCACCAGGAAGCUGUCAGUGGCUUGUUUUUAUGGAGGAACUCCAUAUAAAGAACAGAUUGACCUCCUUAAAAGCGGCAUUGAUAUUCUAGUGGGAACUCCUGGACGGAUCAAAGACCACAUCCAGAAUAGCAAACUGGAACUUUCUAGCGUGAAGCAUGUUGUCUUGGAUGAAGUCGAUCACAUGUUAGACAUGGGCUUUGCUGAACAAGUGGAAGAAAUCUUAGGAUUUGCUUAUAAAAAAGGUUCUGAGAACAACCCCCAGACGCUGCUGUUUUCUGCAACUUGUCCUCGAUGGGUUUAUGAUGUGGCGAAAAAAUACAUGAAAGAUGAAUAUGAACAGAUUGAUCUGAUUGGAAAGAAGACUCAGAGGACUGCCAUGACAGUGGAACACUUGGCUAUACAGUGUCGGUCGUCUCAGAGAGCAGGAGUUCUUGGGGAUAUCAUUCAGGUCUACAGUGGCAGCCAUGGGCGGACCAUUGUCUUUUGUGAGACCAAAAAGGAAGCGAAUGAACUGGCUAUGAAUGCUUCACUCAAACAGGAUGCCCAGUCAUUGCAUGGUGACAUUCCACAGAAACAGAGAGAAAUUACAUUAAAAGGCUUUAGGGAUGGUGUGUUUGAAGUUCUGAUUGCAACAAACGUCGCUGCCCGUGGUUUGGAUAUUCCCGAGGUUGACCUUGUUAUCCAGUGUUCCCCACCAAAAGAUGUGGAUUCCUACAUCCAUCGUUCUGGACGUACAGGCCGAGCUGGCCGGACUGGGAUCUGCAUUUGUUUAUUUCAGAGAAGAGAAGAAGAUCUUCUGAAACAGGUUGAACACAAAGCGGGGAUUACGUUUAAGCGUAUAGGUGUUCCUUCUGCUACAGAUGUAAUUAAAGCUUCAAGUAAUGACGCCAAAAAGUUGUUGGAGGCCAUUCCUCCUUCGGCAGUAGAUUACUUCAGAAAAUCUGCUCAAGAGCUCAUAGAUGAAAAGGGGGCGGUUGCUGCCCUGGCUGCAGCUCUGGCCCAUAUUUCUGGGGCAGCUUACAUACAGCAACGCUCCUUACUCAACUCAACUGCGGGCUUCGUGACCAUGGUGUUGAAGUGUUCAAUAGAAAUGCGUAGCAUGAGCUAUGCCUGGCGAGGACUAAAAGAGCAGCUUGGGGAGGAAGUAGAUAACAAAGUAUCCGGAAUGCGUUUCCUCAAGGGAAAGAUGGGCGUGUGCUUUGAUAUCCCUGUCGAUGAACUGACUAACAUACAGGAGCAGUGGAGGGACACCAGGCGCUGGCAGCUGUCGGCAGCAAAGGAAUUGCCUGAACUGGAAGAGGAUGCCGGGCAGAGGUUCUCCAAGUUUGGAAGUGGGAGGCAAGGCGACGGCGGCUUCAAGAGAAACAACUGGUUUAAGAAACCGGGGACAUGAUUUUAACAAGUCGCUUGAUUGAUCUUUGGUGAAGCUGCGGGACUGAGCUGAUUUUUAUCAAAAAGUAAAAGCCUGUUCG